AUGAUGUACUUCUUGACAUCUUUUCUUUUGCUUUUUGCUACAUCUUUAUCAUCGUCUUCAAUCAUUUCACCAUUUAUCUAUGCAAAAUAUAUCUUAUCUUAUAAUGAUAUUCAAUCAACGAACAUCUAUAUUAAUAUCGAAUUUCAAAUCAAUGAACAUAUUCAAUUUCAUUUAAAUGGAACACAAAUAUUUAUAAUGCCACGUUCUGUCCCAUCUGGAUAUAAUUUACAAUUCUAUGAUUCAUAUGUUGAUAAUUUAACAGCAAAAAGUUCAAGUGGAAAUUUUAUUACUAUCAAAAAAGAGUCAAUAGAUGGUCCAAGAUGGACAUUAGAAUGUGCCUUGAAUGAGACAUUAUCAACUAUUUCUUAUUCAAUUAAUUUAACUAAACAUGAGCAAGGGAUACUAAAUGCUGGUGAUGCAUCAAAAAUACGUCUAAAUCGUUAUAUAAGUACAUUAGGUUAUUCGAUUUUUGGUUAUUUAGAACCAAUGGAUAAAGUAGAAAAUUUUCCUUUGAUGUUAAUCGUUCAAAGUCUAUCUGAAUGGCCUAUUCAUUUAACAUUAUCACCUAGUAAUCAACAAAUCUAUGGUACUACUAGUGGUAUAGCUAAAAAUUAUUAUCAUUUAGCCGAUUCACAAAUAUACAUGGGACCAAAUAUGAAUUUCACGUAUAUUUCUAUUUCUGAUGAUAAAUUAUUUCCAUGUUCGUCAUUUGAUCAAAAACUAAUAGAACAAAAUCAUACUCAAAUAUCAUUAUCAUUUUAUGUAAUUAUCUAUACCGAAGAUACAGAAAAUUUUGAUAUCGAUAUGGUCACUAAAUUAAGUGUACAAGCAAUGAAAAACUUAUUAUUGUAUUACAAUAUUAUCCCGUUUUCAUUUUAUACAGUUGCAAUGGAAAUAAUUAAACCAUUAGAUGAUAAACAUACCGAUGGUUUUAGCAUGGAACAUUUAAAUAGUUGUACAAUAAAUGUUAAAUAUGGUACAAUUAUUAAUAAAAAUAGUACAGAUAAUCAAAUAAAACAAUUUCAGUAUAAUAUAGCACAUCAUAUUCAACAUGCUUGGUUACCGAAACGGUUAUUUUCAAUUUUUUACUAUCCAUUUACAUUUGAAUUAACACCAGUUAUUGAUACUAUUUGGUUUAACGAAGGUUUUGGCCAAUAUAUAGCUAUGGAUGCAAUGGCUAAUGCUUUGCCAUUAAAUGAAUCUUAUGAAUAUCGACAAUAUUUGAUUGAAAAUCGUUUUGAAUAUUAUUUUAAUUUGGCGCCAUUAUUUAUAAAACAAAUGCCGUUGCCAUAUUUAUCUAUGAUUGCAUCAUCUUUAUAUUCUCGUGAUUUUCGAACAGGUAGUAAUUUAUUUGCACGUGGAGCAUUAAUGGCUAAAGAUAUGGAUGAAUUAAUACAGUCAAAAACACUAAAACAAAAAAGUCUUCGUGAUGGUAUCAUUUAUAUGUUGAAAUGGUCAGAAUCUAGUUCAUAUAUUAUUCCAUUUACAAUGGAACAAUUUCCUAAAUUUUUUAUGAGUGCUACUAAUGUUGAUGUUAGUUUAGUGUUAGAAAAAUGGUUACAAUUGAUUCGUAUUUAACAUUUUUCCAAUGAUUCAAAAAAACCUUAGCUUUUCAUGCUUCAUAUUAUUGUUAUUUUUUUAUCAUAUGAUUUUUUCACAUAAUAUAGCAUCGGAUUAAAUAAAAACGACAUGACAUGAAUAUUGAGAUAAUGCUAUAAUCAAGCGGAGUCAGUUUAUGGGUUCAUUGUGUGACAGAAAACUGGGGUGUUGGUGUGGGUGUGGAUGUUCUCUUCAUCCACACUCACCCACAUCCACACCAAGCCACCAACACCCACACCCGCUCAGAGGUAAUUUUAAGCUUUUUCAAAAAUCCUACUUUCUUCUUUUUUGUGGAGGUCACAUAUAUUUUAGAAGAAAAUAGUGAAUGUAAGUUUUAAGUCGAAGUUUUGUGGCUCCCAACUUUCGGCCUCUCCCUCCCACCCUAUUAGGGUGUGGGGUGUGGGUGUGGGUGUGGGUGUGGGUGUGGGGUGUGGGUGUGGGU